AUGGUAAUGUGGGUGGGCAAUGUUGGCGGGAACUGCGGUCUGAUUGGCUACAGUGAUAAUGUGGGCGGGAACUGUCGUCUGAUUGGUUACAGCGGUAAUGUGGGUGGAAACUGCAGUCUGAUUGGUUACAGUGGUAAUGUCGGUGGGAACUGUGGUCUGAUUGGUUACAGCGGUAAUGUGGGCGGGAACUGUCGUCUGAUUGGUUACAGCGGCAAUGUGGGUGGGAACUGUCGUCUGGUUACAGCAGUAAUUGGUAAUGUGGGCGGGAACUGUGGUCUGAUUGUUUACAGCGGUAAUGUGGGUGGGAACUGCGGUCUGAUUGGUUACAGCGGUAAUGUGGGUGGGAACUGUGUUCUGAUUGGUUACAGCGGUAAUGUGGGUGGAAACUGUGGUCUGAUUGGUUACAGCGGUAAUGUGGGUGGAAACUGCAGUCUGAUUGGUUACAGUGGUAAUGUGGGUGGGAACUGUGGUCUGAUUGUUUACAGCGGUAAUGUGGGUGGGAACUGUGUUCUGAUUGGUUACAGCGGUAAUGUGGGUGGGAACUGUGGUCUGAUUGGUUACAGCAGUAAUGUGGGUGGAAACUGCAGUCUGAUUGGUUACAGUGGUAAUGUGGGUGGGAACUGUGGUCUGAUUGUUUACAGCGGUAAUGUGGGUGGGAACUGCGGUCUGAUUGGUUACAGCGGUAAUGUGGGUGGGAACUGUGUUCUGAUUGGUUACAGCAGUAAUGUGGGUAGGAACUGUGGUCUGAUUGGUUACAGCGGUAAUGUGGGUGGAAACUGCAGUCUGACUGGUUACAGUGGUAAUGUGGGUGGGAACUGUGGUCUGAUUGGUUACAGCAGGAAUGUGGGUGGGAACUGUGGUCUGAUUGGUUACAGCAGGAAUGUGGGUGGGAACUGUGGUCUGAUGAUUGGUUACAGCAGGAAUAUUGGUUACAGCGGUAAUGUGGGUGGGAACUGUGGUCUGAUUGGUUACAGCGGUAAUGUGGGUGGGAACUGUGGUCUGAUUGGUUACAGCGGUAAUGUGGGUAGGAACUGUGGUCUGAUUGGUUACAGCGGUAAUGUGGGUGGGAACUGUGGUCUGAUUGGUUACAGCGGUAAUAUGGGCGGGAACUGUGUUCUGAUUGGUUACAGUGGUAAUGUGGGUAGGAAACGCGGUCUGAUUGGUUACAGCAGCAAUGUGGGUGGGAACUGUGGUCUGAUUGGUUACAGCAGUAAUGUGGGUGGAAAUUGCGGUCUGAUUGGUUACAGCGGCAAUGUGGGCGGGAACUGUGGUCUGAUUGGUUACAGCAGUAAUGUGGGUGGAAAUUGCGGUCUGAUUGGUUACAGCGGCAAUGUGGGCGGGAACUAUGGUCUGAUUGGUUGA